AUGGUUUCGUUGGGAAAUUAUCGCGAGCUGACCGAGGCCUGUUAUACUGCUGACAAAUUACCGGCCGGUAUGCAUAGUGUCAAAGGUGUUGGUCGAAUGGAACCUGACUCGAAGACGUGGUACCGGACGGAGGAUCAGCUGACCAUUCCGAUCGGGAAGCUGAUCAGCGUUCCUGGCCGCGAUCCGGACACGCAUACAUUGCAGUUCAAUGAAUAUAUAGUGUACAAUCCGCGUCAAGUACGGUUGCGCUACUUGCUGAAGGUCAAAUUCAAUUUCACCUGA